AUGUUGCAAAUUUUCUCUAGAUGUUUUCGUUCUCGUUUUUUAAAUCUCCAAAAGCCAGUAGUACUUUGGUAUUGCGUUGGAGAGGGAGUUAUGCUUUUGAAUUUGUUAUUAUUAAGCAUUUCAACGUUUCAGUUUGUUUACACAAGCGUAAAUCCUGAUGAACCAUUUUCAUUGCGAGAAGAGAGAAGAGAAGAUUUGUAUGCUCUAUGGCCAGUACUGUUAAUCAUGUUUCUAAUCAUUACAUUCGUUUCUAUUUUCAAAGUUGGAUUGAAUGUGUUGUUUUUCAUGAAAGUUCGAAGAGAGAAUAAGAAAGCUCAAGAUCAAGAAGCAUUGAGAGUCUCUGCAGAGGAGGAUCAUGAGGAAAGCUGCUCUUCUUCUAGCCAAGUCAUGAAUUAUCAAAACAGCUCUAGGGAUGAAUCCGUCAUUGUUGCUCAUCCAGAAGCAUCUCUCGAGAAUAAUACGAGUAAUGAAGGUCCAUAUGGAGGAAUGGAUGAUUCCAUCAACGAGCAUCAAUACUAUGUAGUGGCUCAAAACUUGUUCUCAGAGUCUUUUUCUUCCUCCUUUUUCUUUGCAUCUCUGCUUUCAGUAGCUUCUGAGACAAUUGCUGUGUUGAUGGGAAUAAUAUUAAUGUGGAGGUGUCACCACCAAGUAUCAGUAAUUGCUUGUGUUUCGUUCGUGUUUGUGGUUGCCUUUUUGCAUUGCCUUAUUGCUUGUGGAAUUAUCAUGUUUUGUGCAUCCUCCAAGUCUUCAGCUGUGGCUGUCGGAAAGGAAGGCACAUCUGCAAUGAGCUCUCCACAAAUCAAUGAUAGACCAUCUAACACAACAACGGUCACUCUUUAUGAAACUCUCUAA